AUGCAGCGCUCAGUUAUUCGUCGUCUGGGCAAUCGCUCAGCGUUUCCCUUAGUCGCUGCUGUGGCUAGGCCCUCACAGAUACGAGGUGCUGUCCGUGUCGGUUCAGGAUUUCAUGCUCGCGUUAUCCCUUCUUUCAUGUGCUCGCUGCGAGCGUACUCCAGCGGCCACAACGAGGAGUCAUCUUCCCGCAGUGGUCAGUACCUGCUUGACAAGAACGACGUCCUCACCCGUGUCUUGGAGGUAGUGAAGAACUUUGAGAAGGUCGAUGCCUCCAAGGUGACCGCUGAGGCACACUUUGUGAACGAUCUGGGUUUGAACUCUCUCGAUGUAGUGGAGGUUGUGUUUGCCAUCGAACAAGAAUUCAUUCUAGACAUCCCAGAUCACGAUGCGGAGAAAAUCCAGUCCAUUCCUGACGCCGUCGAGUACAUUGCACAAAACCCCAUGGCCAAGUAA